CCAAGGUCCUGCGCGUCACGACUCGGGAGGGCGAGAUGAGAGCGAGGGCGGGAUGAGCUGGAGGGGAUGAGGGGUUGCAGAUGGCGGCGGUGUAGACACAGCCAGAAUCCCUUGCAGAAUGUGCCAAUUAAAGGGAGGUAAACACACCGCCCCCCGGCUAAGUAUUUGCUCUACGUCAUACACUCGCCUUGUUGGCUGCUCCCACUUGCACUCCCCCCUCCCACACGCUAUGGUACAACGAACAACUCUUCCCUUCGUCAUCAAAAUAUUUCCUAUUUUCAAAUCUGUUUUGAUUAGUUUUUGAGUUUGUUUUAUUUUUAGUUCGGGUUUUUGUUUUGUUUAUUUUUGUUUGUUUGUUUUGUUUUGUUUUGGAGGAAGGUAGGAGUUAACGUUUACGGUCAUAGCAAAGUGUCGAAUAUGUAUUACAAUCACUCUGAUGGUGUGCAGAAUGUCACAUAUGUAGUUAAGUACAUGUUGGUGAAAUUGGUCUCCCAGCUGUGCAUGUCGCAAUUUUUUCUGUAAAUUUCUGAACUAUUUUCUUGACCUUCAUUGGCAGCUGUUGGGUCAGAGGUUACUGGACUGCUGUGUAAACUUACCUUUUUCUUUUCGUUUUUUUAUUUCUUUUUUCGAUCACUAUUCAGCUCACACUUCUCUUACCUGGGCAGAGCACCUCUCCUUAGUAACAAUAGUCUUCCUGUGCGUGUACCUCGGGACCAAUCAGAAACUAACGUCCGCCAGGGUCGCAGGUCCCUGCAAGGGUUGGAACUCCCCUGUGAUUCUUCGCAAAGCACUGCGGGACGUUUGAAGAAGGCAGGACGCUCACUGAAGUUCAUUAAUGAGCGUGGUAGUUGUCACGGGCCGUAACCUUCUCGCUCCUUGACCCCCCCUCCUCCCAGCUCACCCGUCUGAUGACCCCCCUCCCUCCUACUCUAACAUUCUCUCCCCUUCCCCACUUUGUGGCCUCUCAGCCCGUCGUUGACCAUCCGUCGCCACCAGGGAGUCGUGACGCGACGUGACCCUCGCACCCGACCCCUCCGGGGAUCUCCCUACCCCUAUCCUGCUUUUAACAUCGUCCUGUGUGCCCUGUUCAACACGGCCAUUGCCAGCCGGUUUUCUACCCACAAUCCCCUCUGAAAUGGAGCUAACCACCCACCGCCCAUCGUUCGAGGUUCUUUAAAAGGCAGAGUCCUAUCCCCGUGGACGCUAUUGGACAUCCAGAGACCGUCAGGCCUUCUCUGGGUUUAAGGAGUCCACGUUUGUUUGAGAGCAAGAACAUUUUGCAAGGAAAGAAAAGAGAAACAAGAUCAGGCUAAACGGUGCAGUGGUGUGUUUCCUGACAUUCAGGCUCCGGUCCAGUCGACCUCAGCCACCAGCGACAAGCGGAAGUUUUCAGGGAUUGAGGUCAGCGACAACCUGCUUGGAUCGGGCUGCUCUCAACCAAACAGGAAGACACUUGACGACUCGAUGGCGAGGCUAGCAGCCGCAGCGUGGCUGCUGUUGGUGUGCGUGAGCACGACUCACGCCGGCGGCCUGCAGUUCCCGCUGACCAGCGGCAAUGAGCUGUGGAGCAGCAUCGUGGGCAAGCGGACUGACAAGUCCGGGUGUAAUGGAUGUCAGCUGAGUAACAUGGUGACACAUUGUCCACUGGACGUCGUCUUCUUGCUGGACGGAUCUGACAGCAUUCCCCCCCUUGCCUAUCAAAAGGCUGUGGAUUACGUCAUCAAGGAAAUCGAGACGGUCACGUCACUAUUUCCCGGAAGUGACGUCGGAGUCCUCAUCUUCAGCAAGGUCGUGGAAAAGGAGUUUGAACUCAGGCAGAGAUCGCAGAGCGACCUCAACCAGUUGUACCAGUCCAUCCGCGCCACGAAACAGCCACGAAAGGGAUCUUUGCUGACAGACGUCAUGCGCGAGGCCCGCAGGCUCCUAGAGAGGUACGAUGCGGCGCCGCUGGUGCUGGGCAGCAAACGGGGCAAGAUGAUCGUCCUGGUGUCGGACGGGUGCUUGGAUGGCGUGGAGGCCACCCUGGACGAGGGGAGGCUGUCGGCCAAGCAGGGCAUCUACAUCCUGAGCGUGGCCACGAGCCAAGCUUACAUGUCGCUGCUCACCGCCCUCUCCGUGCAGGUCCUCGAGCAGAGGACUGCCAUCGACUGGCGCAGCAUUGUGGCCUGUCCUACCAAGGUGCUUCCUCCUGUUCCCGCAUCCUCAGCGUGUGACGACUUCGUGCUGGUGAUGGACGGCUCGGACAGCGUGCGGUCAUGGGAAGGCGUCAUGCGCGACUACAUGGCGGUGACGUCACUGCGCUUCCAGAACGUCGACAACUCCAUCGGUGUCAUCGUCUUCGGCACCAACGUCACUGCGCAGUCGUCGGACACCAUGCUACCUCUCCUGAAAAACAAGGUGCGCCUGGCCGAGAUGAUCGAGAACAAGCUGCGCUUCCCGCACUCCGGAGGCACCGGCACCACGGCCGCCAUCCAGCGCCGUUCAGUUGCUAAGCAACACCUACAGCACACGCCGCAAGACCAUCAUCAUCGUCACCGACGGCCCCGCCCUCAACCCCAUCAACGCACGUGAAGCCCUAGCGACGGCUGUCAGACAAGGUAUCCAGGUUGUGGUUGUGGGUGUCGGCGAUGCGAUUAACGAGAUGAGUUGCAGGCUCUUGCCGGCUUCAACAGCAGAGUGGAGCAAGUCAGCUCUUACCUGGACUUGUAUGGCCUCGACAUAUCUUCCAGUGUCUGCAAUAACCAAGUUACACCAAGCUGCUCCUAUCCGCUGGUCUAUGACAGCUUUACAUCAUCUUGUCGAUGCUCACUUACAAGCGCAUCCUGUUCAUCAAGACAGAGGUUUAAUUCAGUUACCUGCACGUGUGAAUGUGCGACAUAUGUACCUUGUGCGUCUGGUCAGAGUUUCAACGAUACAAGCUGCCAAUGCG